CCAGAAUAUGGCCGCCUGUGUGGCACUGGCCAUAGGCCGGAUCAUGGGAGGAAUCCACCCUAGUUGUCAGUAUUUAGGGAUCACGGCCACAUUGGCAUUGACUAUUGCCUUCCCCUUCCCUCCCCAGGCUUAUUCAUUCAAGGAUACCUCGAAGGCGCCACCCAUUCACGAUCUUUUUGGGUUUCUCUCGACAGCACGUUGUGUUUGGGCGCCACGGGGAUGAAAAUGUAUGCCACCCACACGCGGACGUGCCAAGACCACCGUCAGUUCCCGUACUUCUCGCGCACUAUCACCAGACGGCCCUCCCGCUCGAUUUCAAGACGCAGCGCGACACCUCCAAUAAGAUGUCUGGCGACUCCAUCUUCCUCUAGGCGGAUUGCUUCGAAGGAGUCCAGCUCUCAGCCUCGUGCCCUUCGUAGUCAGCUAUUGCCUGAUCUCCUCGCCUACCCAUACCAGCGGCCUCCCGCUCUCGACGAUCUCGCUCAGGCAAUCUUUCCAUCUCAUGGUGGUCCUAUCCGCACGCGUAACGUGACAAAGACUGCUAGACAACGGAGUAGCUCAUUUUCCAGGAUUCCAUUUGGCUCCCGCCUUAGCGAGGAACCUGAGGAGCCUAAGCCAGUGAAAGGAGUCCGGUCUGGGACGUCAGCCGCCAAGGUCGUCGUUGUCAAUCUCGCCGAGGAUUCCGAGGCCGUUGGUGCUGCCUCUUCGACGACGAAGAAGAGUAGUAAGCAAGCUACUGAAGAGCUUGAUGCUCAUUAUGCCAAGGAGAAGAAGCGCUUGAAGGCGGAGCUUGGAAAAUUGGAGGCAGAGGCGCAAGCUGCCAGAGACGCGUGUGCGUUCGAGCAGCAACAGCUCAAAGAGGCCCGUAUUACGUAUGGAAAGCUUCUGCUGCGUAUAAGACGCGCGCGUAAACGUCUGCGUAGCCUGGAGGAAGAGCUGGACGCCAUCGAGCAGAGACGCGAGGAAGAGCUGCUUCUGAAAGAACGAGAGGCUGCUGCUCGUGAGGCAGAGCAAAGGGCUUUGGAGGAGCAGAGGGAGAAAGCUCGCGAGGAAGCCGAGGAGAAGACUCUACGAGAUCUUUUCAGGGUCCAUGAAGAGAACUGGACACGCCUGCAGAAGGACACAACAAUCCGUGGAGCCCAACUGGAGCAGUUAUCGUGGUCUGCAUUUCCCUGGGCAUUCAAAUCCGAGAACGACAUCACCGCAGACAACGUGCGCGCGUUUGUUCUCCAUCCUCUUCGCAUUCAGGUGCUGGGUCGGUCCUGUGGCAACCUUAUUCAAACCGAGAAGACGCGCUACAGCGCGGAAUUCUUCAUCCCAUAUGUCGUGCCGAAGCUUGUGAUGGAGCACCGCGAGACGGCCGUGAAACUGGCCGCUAUCUUCGCGCACGCCCUCAAUGUCAUCUACACUCAGGAGGAGAAUGAAAAGAAACGGCGCAAUGCUGGCCAGCGUUGCCCGACAGCGGGUAGAAUCGGUCGCAUUCGCUGUCGCGAUUGAAUCUACAGUUCUAACGUUGUGCAUGGUGUCGUCUCUUUCCGUUUUACGCAUACCAAUCAUCUCGACACAACCUGUAUGUUUUAUGUACCCAUUGUGAUAUGGUAUAUGAUGAUUCUACACGGC